UCGAGCGUCUCGGGCGGCCUUCCGAGGGGUUCCGCCAGUUUCAGCGUGGUGGGCUCUGUCCCAGCCGGAUGUAGUGGCCUGACCUGGCAGGAGGGGCGGCCCAGCGGGGUUCGUGCCUCCUGGAGCCGCCCCCAGGACGUGAGUCCUGGAGGAGGAGAGGGUUGUUCCAGUUGUUGAGAAGACUAUGAACAGGUCAGAGAACUUGUUCUUUCCUGGUUCCUCAUUAGCAUCCCAAGUUCAUGCUGCUGCUAUUAAUGGAGAUAAGGGUGCUCUUCACAAGCUUAUCAUAGGAAAUUCUGCCGUUAAAGACAAAGAAGAUCAAUUUGGGAGAACACCACUUAUGUAUUGUGUGUUGGCUGACAGACUGGAUUGUGCAGAUACUCUCCUGAAGGCAGGAGCAGAUGUUAAUAAAACCGACCAUAGCCAGAGAACAGCCCUCCAUCUUGCAGCUCAAAAGGGAAAUUAUCGUUUCAUGAAACUCUUACUUACACGCAGAGCAAACUGGAUGCAGAAAGAUCUAGAAGAAAUGACUCCUUUACACUUGACUACCCGGCACAAGAGCCCUAAGUGUUUGGCGCUUCUGCUGAAGUUUAUGGCACCAGGAGAAGUGGAUACACAGGAUAAAAACAAGCAAACAGCUCUGCAUUGGAGUGCCUACUACAAUAACCCUGAGCAUGUGAAGCUGCUCAUCAAGCAUGAUUCCAACAUUGGAAUUCCUGAUGUCGAAGGCAAGAUCCCACUUCACUGGGCAGCCAACCACAAAGAUCCGAGUGCUGUUCAUACAGUGCGGUGCAUUCUGGAUGCUGCUCCAACAGAGUCUUUACUGAACUGGCAAGACUAUGAGGGUCGAACACCUCUUCACUUUGCAGUUGCUGAUGGGAACGUGACAGUGGUUGAUGUCCUGACCUCAUAUGAAAGCUGCAAUAUAACAUCUUACGAUAACUUAUUUCGAACGCCCCUUCACUGGGCAGCUUUACUAGGCCACGCACAGAUUGUCCAUCUCCUUUUAGAAAGAAAUAAGUCUGGAACCAUCCCAUCUGACAGCCAAGGAGCAACACCCUUGCACUAUGCAGCUCAGAGUAACUUUGCUGAAACAGUUAAAGUGUUUCUAAAACAUCCUUCAGUAAAAGAUGAUUCAGACCUUGAAGGAAGAACAUCCUUUAUGUGGGCUGCUGGGAAAGGCAGUGAUGACGUCCUUAGGACUAUGCUGAGUUUAAAAUCUGACAUUGACAUUAACAUGGCAGACAAAUAUGGAGGUACAGCUUUACAUGCUGCUGCCCUUUCUGGCCAUGUCAGCACCGUGAAGUUAUUAUUGGAAAAUAAUGCUCAAGUAGAUGCCACUGAUGUCAUGAAACAUACUCCACUUUUCCGAGCCUGUGAGAUGGGACACAAAGAUGUGAUUCAGACACUCAUCAAAGGUGGAGCAAGGGUAGAUCUAGUCGACCAAGAUGGACAUUCUCUUCUACACUGGGCAGCGCUGGGAGGAAAUGCUGAUGUCUGCCAGAUAUUGAUAGAAAAUAAGAUCAACCCAAAUGUGCAGGAUUAUGCAGGAAGAACCCCACUGCAGUGCGCUGCAUAUGGGGGAUAUAUCAACUGCAUGGCCGUGCUCAUGGAAAAUAACGCAGACCCUAACAUUCAAGACAAAGAGGGAAGGACAGCUUUGCACUGGUCCUGUAACAAUGGAUACCUUGAUGCCAUUAAAUUACUACUAGACUUUGCUGCUUUCCCUAAUCAGAUGGAAAACAACGAAGAGAGGUACACUCCCCUCGAUUAUGCUUUGCUUGGUGAACGCCAUGAAGUGAUCCAGUUCAUGUUGGAGCACGGCGCCCUGUCCAUCGCAGCCAUACAGGACAUCGCUGCCUUCAAAAUCCAGGCUGUCUACAAAGGGUACAAGGUCAGAAAAGCUUUCCGAGACCGGAAAAAUCUCCUCAUGAAGCAUGAACAGUUGAGAAAAGAUGCUGCUGCCAAGAAGCGAGAAGAAGAAAAUAGGCGAAGAGAGGCAGAACAGCAGAAGGGAAGGCUGAGCCCAGAUUCCUGCAGACCCCAAGCUCCUCCCUGUCUGCCCAGCACCCAGGCUGAGCCCCGCAGGCAGAACUGGGCGCCUAGCAAACAGCCUCCCUGCAGCGACAAGGCCCAGGGCCCUGAGCGGAAAGCCUGUAGACGGUCUCCAGGCAGAGGGUCUCCAAGCAGAGCCCCCCAGAAGGAGCAGCAUCUCUCCCCAGACUUGCAGAGAACAGAUCCCAGAAAACCAAAUGAAACAUCCAGAGAACAUUCUAAAGGCCGAUCUGCCUGUGUCCACUUCAGCCCCAGUGAAGGCAGUGAUGGAAACAGGCGUCCAGGAGCCUCCUCUGUCGAGAAGUCCAGAGGUGAGACAGUUGGCGAGCAGCAGUGUGACAAGGGGAAAGGCUCCUUGAAGCAGCCCUCCUGUGUCAGGGCGUCUGGGCCUGCUGAGGAAGGAGAGGACCCCAGUUGGGCAGCUGCAAGCCUUCCACAGCAGGACGCCCACUGGAAGCCCAGCCGGCGGCAGGAUGCAGCACCCAAGGCCAAAUGUGCCUCCCAGAAAAGGCGCAGCCAGGAGCUCAGAGGAGGGAGGCGCUCCCCGGCUGGGUCCAGCCGGCCUGGCAGUGCCAAGGGGGAGGCCAUCCAUGCUGGGCAGAGUCCUCUCCACCACCGGACACCAAGAAACACAGUGAUGCAGGACAAGCUCGCAGGAGGGACCUACUCAGAUUUGCCAUCGAGCACAGAGGUGUUGAGGUCAGGAGUCAGGAAGCUGGGUACAUCCGCCCUGUUGGAGGACACUCAGCUAUCUAAGGAGGCUGAUCCAGCACCUGGUCCCCUCUCUGGGCAGAGUGUGAAUAUUGACCUUCUCCCCGUAGAGCUGCGGCUGCAGAUAAUCCAGAGAGAAAGAAGCAGGAAAGAGCUGUUUCGCAAAAAGAACAAGGCAGCAGCGGUCAUCCAGCGGGCCUGGAGAAGCUACCAGCUCAGGAAGCACCUGUCCCACCUUCUGCACAUAAAGCAGCUUGGAACCAGAGAUAUGGACAGAUGGAACCGAGAGUACAUGGCUUUGAUCCUCCAGGUUUGGAGGAAGGAACUGGAACUGAAACCCCCAAAGACCAUGGCAGUAAGCAGGACCACCAAGAGUCCACCCAAGGGCAGCUCAGGCACCAAGCCCACCAGGCACUCAGUGCUCAGGCAGAUCUACGGUUCUCAAGAAGGAAAAGUACAUCAGCCCACAAGAUCUUCAAAAGCCCAUUCUGUGCUGGGUCUCAACUCAGUGAGCAACUUGCAGUGUAUACACCUCCUUGAGAACAGUGGAAGAUCAAAGAAUUUUUCUUAUAACCUGCAAUCAGCUAACCCAUCAAGAAACAAAACAAAGCUUCGACUGCCUAUGGAGGAAGACUGUGCCCGGAGGGGGCGGUUCUAACAGCUAGUGCAGAAUUCUUCUCUGAUUAGCUUUUACACUUUGGGAAAACUUUAAUAUCCAUACCUGAAGGCUUAUUAGCCUGAAAAUGUGGUAACAACCGAAAGAAAUGUGUUUUCUUUCUCCUCUUACACAGCACUGUUUUGUAAAUUCUUAGCCAGUGCUGAAAGGACCAGGGUAGACUAUACCUGUGCAAAACUGCCCGUGUGCCUACACGUCCAUGAGGACGACUGGAAAAGAGUAUUUCUAAUAACAGUUAAGUCUAAGUAAAACUAAGGAAGUGAGCACUAAAGACGCUGCUGGGUUGGGAUUUCUCCUCAACUGGUGCAAGCCUGGUUUGUUGGCUCCAGUGAAGAACCUAAAUGAGAUGGGGAAGAGCCUGUCCCACAGCAGAUGCCUUCAGUUCACUACUUUUCUGGAAUCUAAUGCAACGGACUUCAUUACAGACACCACAUCCUGUUAUUCCAACAUCAUCAGUUUUAAUUUUUAGACCAGAGUCAGGACCCAGUGUUUUGCUGUUAGACACUGUAAGACUGUAAUAGGUAUACUGUUGGUUGCUUACAUUUUACAGUUCCCGUGUCAGCCUCUGAAGGCCACAGGCUGCUGCCACAUCCUGUGAAUGGCGUUCCUUCUGCUGAGGGAAGUAUCACAGCACCAAGGCCUCGGUCGGGAAGGUCUACAGACCAGACAUUCAUGCACGGGGUGCCAAUUCAGGCUUUAACCUUCCACUUGUAUUUUCUGCUUGACCUGCAGAGGUGAGCAACCUUGUCAAAAUGCUGUUCCUUUGGCAUGGGAAACUGCUAACUAUGCAUUCUAGCUUUCUAAGAACACAUGGUUUAAAUAAAAUCCAGUGAUUGUGGGCUUUUUCACAUUUUUUAAGGGCAAAGCUACUAGGAAUGUAGACAGGCAGAAACAAUGGCAUAUUAGGCUCACAGAUAUUUCUAGAACUGCUUUUUGCAUUUUAAGAUUACUGCCACCCCUGUCCUGACAGUAAGAGACUGGAAGCAAUGAAGUGUUAUUUAAUUACCUGGAUUGUUUACAGUUGGCUAAUGAAAUUACUUCAUUUUUAUGAAAAUGAUUAUAACAUAAAUUAAGAACUCUUAUAAUGGAUCACUAGUAGAAAACCAUUUUAUAAGAGUUACCCAGCUCAGACCAAGGACCAUUUAGGUACAGGAAAAUCCACAACAGAUGGGAGCACUGUUCUGAAAUCUUGCUAGAAAUCCUCUAGAAACACAACUCCAGAGUGAGAAGCAACCACUCCCAAACAAAACCAAACCAAAAACUAGUUUAGUUUGUUGCUGUCUGAAUGAACUGGGGCUGAGAACAAAAAGAAUGAAGUUUGCCUAGAUGGGACCACAAAGACUCAGCUUAUUUCUUACUAUACAAUAGAAGGUACCAUAUUAUUGCUCUGUAUUUUAUAUAUACUUAGCUAUGAAAUACAGAAUACCUGUAACCACAUAUCACAUGCUAGUCCAGGAAGCCAGCCUGUGCAUCAGUGGGAACUCCCAAGCAUUAUUUUCCUAUUUCAGUGCAAAGGAAGGUUCAUAAACAACUUCUUUAAAAGUUCAGCUUUAAUGACAAACAUUUGUUACAUCAGUCUCUUCAAAAUUAGAUGUGAAUAAACAAUUUCAAACAGAGGGGCCACAGAGCCUUUUCAAUACACUGUGCUCAACAUGCUGGGUCCCUGGGGAUGCCCAGUAAUGUACACAUUGAAGCAAUAAUGUAAGUCUGUGAGCCACUGCUCCUGAACACCUCCACUCUUCAAUGUCUGCAGAGAAAAACAAGAGUAAUGUGAGAGCUGUACUAAAACUGCUUCCUGAUGUUUUUUUCCCACACCCAAACAAGAUCUCAAACAGUCCUUGCGAUAGUAUCCUCAUCUAUACAUUAUCACAUGAAAUCUCACUGAAAAAAGGAACCUAUCAAUCAGGUAUUAUUACCACAGGUAGUUAAAAUUCCUAGUUUCAUCCUCAAGUAUUAAGUGCUACCAGUUUCCUGUUGGGUCCCUUCCCUCCCACAUCUGCUAGGGACUCAUGAAGUUUCCCCAUUACCCACCCCUACACUCUGUACUUCUGCCCCUUCGCAUUGUAGGAUCUCAUAACAUUAACUGAGAAUAAUGAUUCAACAGGUCUCAGUUUGUCAUUGUAGAGAUUGGCUGAUUCUCCAACCUCGGAAUAAUCCAAGUUCUUAACUUUUCUUCCCUUCUGUUUCUGAAUUCUGCAUCCUCUUCCAUUAUUGAGAAAAUCCAGAAUACAUCUUGUGUUGUAUGUAGGUAUAAGCUCUAUUACUCUGAAGUAUUAUUACAUAUACCAAUUAAUAACCCCCUCCAAUCAAAGGCCUAUACAAAAAACCUCACUUUAACUCUCCCAAACCAAAAACACCAAAGGAAUCCUUAAUAAACAGAACUGCCCGCCCCAGGUGAACACACAGAACCAACCAUUAGACAAAGCUGAAGCCUGCAACUUCCAACUUCUUCCGCCUCUCCAGUGAACUAAGUGACUAGAAAUGGGCCUUAGUUUAUUCCUGCUAAGUUUCCUUAAUGACAGCUAACAUUUGUUGGGUGCUUAGUAACUAUCAGUUACAGUAUAAACCUUACUUGGAUGAUCUCAUUUAAUGGUCAACAAAACCCAACAAUGUUGCUAUUAUUCCCAUUUCUACAGCUAGGAAAACAAAGCUCAGAUAGGUUUAAAAAAAAAACAACACACACACAACUUGCCAAAUUAUCACAGUUAAGCAAUAGAAUCUGUAUCACAAAACAGGUAGCAGUGACUCUUAUGCCUGUACUUUUUCCAGCUAAGCUGCCUGCCACCUUAAUUCAGUUUGAAUAUUUUAAGGUUUUUAGUACUGAUUCUGCAGUCAAAGUCACCCCCCUGGUUAAGUGACAGUCAGUUACUAGACGGCAGGGGAAGCCCUAAGAAAUCUCCACACUGGGCUUAAUUCCAGGAGUCCGUCAACGCACAGAAACCCUGGCCUCCCAAGAGCACCUCCAUGCCCAUGAAUCUAGUAUGAACAGUACAAAGCCCUUGUUCCAUGCUUCUUACUGUGAUAUUCUUGAUGAUCUGCUGCACCAAGAUGGCAUUGGUCAACAUGUGAGUCCUGAGGGGUGCGUGCUGCAGCAGCAGGCGAAGCAGCUGGCCUACAACAGGCAGCUCCUCAGGUCCAGCUCUGCUCACCCGCAGGCUCUGCAGCAUCAACCUGAGCACUCGAGGCAGGAGUGCCAGGAUGGAGACACAGACGCCCCACAGCUUGUCCCUACAAAACAGAAAUGAGUCAGUGAACCAACGCAUACAGGAAAAGUGCCCUUUCCAUACUUCCCAAGACUGAAAAUGACCUUUUAAGAAACACGGUGUUUUCUGAUAAAACCCCAGAAACCAAAACUAAUAAGAACUGGGUUUCAUCAGAGCUAAAAAAGCAAAUGCAGUGAAGAAUCAGCUGCUUUCCCCUAUUUUACAGGUUUCAGGAAGCCUAGCAACCAGCGUUUCCCUGGGUUUAACAAGACAUUCUUGAAGCCCUAGUGAUCAUAUUUAACACAGAAUUCACCAAAGAAUGGUCUAUACAUGCAUACUAUUCUCUACCAGUGGACAUUAUUCAACUGUCUAUUACACACCACCAAAUGUCAAAAGAGUAAGAAUGUCCCAAUGGCAAAAAGGGAAGAAAAGAACUCCAUGAAACUCUUAAGCCUCUGACCUGGAUUAUGAGUCUCUUCAAUGUGUUAGAACAGGGCAGCUUUCCAGAGAAAGAUGUGCUCACAAGGAACCAAAGGGAUUUGAGAAAACAGCCAGUAAGGGAACUAUUACAGGCCAGGGAUGGUAAAUAAAUACAAAUUUCAGUGAGCGUCUUUCUUUUGGUAUCUUUACAGAACAGGAACAAAAUGUUUUAUGAUAGAGGUAAGUGGCCUAACCACAUUCUAGAAGUGUGUCAAUUAAAUGGAGCAAUAUCCUUUUGGAGAAAAAGUUCACUGGCUGCUAAAGGCUCUGACCGUAGCCUGUUACAAUUUCUCUACCAAGAGUGCAUAAUCCUCCCAGUCCCAAGUCUUUCUAAGAAAGCCUACCUCCAGACCUUUCACCAUUUGACCCCCCUCCCAACUCCACAUACAGCAAUUGCAUCAAAGGAAGAUACCAAAUCCAUUAAGCCAAACAGAUCCUCUUACUUGAAGAGACUUUAUUCAGCCUGUGGACUCAUGCACAGCCAGGUUAGGACAGCCAUGUGCAAGGAGAAAAGAGAAAGCCAGACUGUAGACACAGCUAAUGAUGAGGCAAAGGCACAGAGAUUAAAGACUACAAAAUUUAGAAGAAAAAGAAAAGAAUAGAGGAAGCUGCUUUGGUUCCUGCUGGGUUUCAAAUUCCUACCUCCACAAUUCCUUUUUAAUAAGUUACUACUGUACUGAUCCAAUAUAUUCACUCUCUACUUAAACUUCAGUGGAUUUCAAAUAACUGUGGAUCAAAACUGCUAAAAGAGCUUAUGGAUUCUACAUUAUACCAAGUACAAGUAUACUGAAUGGAUGAGUAAAGUUCAGAAUUCCACCUUCACACACCACAAUUAAAGAAAACUGUCAGGCCAAAAAGAAGAGAGACCUGGGUACCAGGAACGAUGUAAGCAAUACCAUUUGAGGAGCCAUUCUCAGGGUUUUCUAAGAGUUGUCAUGCACAGAAAUAAUGGUACCAACUCCAUAUAAAUCAUUAUGAAGUUGAGAUUUUAGGUCAACAUAAAGCAAUGGUUCUAAACCACUCUAAAGGAACUGAUGAAAGUCCAAUAUUUCACAGGUAAUUUUCAGGAGUUCCACUAACUCUGCAAACUUCUGAUGUAUUCUGGUCAGAUAAUACCAACCAACACCCGCCCCCCACUCCCCAAACACAGGAAAAUACAGAUGAUAUACUUUAAAAAACAAAACAAAAAUACAGCCAAGCUCAAAAGCCAGAAUGGGUGAUAUCUCUAGGUGCCAGAAACUAUGACAGAACUCAUGAAGAUACACAGAAGCACAGACCUGGAUAUGGGAUUUGGGGGCUGGGUAUUCAACAGCCAGCAAACAAUGUUGGAAGCUGAGGCUUCAGCCUCAGGUAUGGAAAGCAGGGAGCUAGAACUGGGCUCCCUGCAUAGAGCUGGAAGCCAGGAAAAUGCAAAUGUGAACCUGCCCCAUAGGGCGGUCUCCACAACCUCCACAAACUCACAAAAGAUGCAUUCAGAGAAAGUUAUACAAUCCAAAACAUGAGCUUGUUUGUUCAACCCCACUAGAGACAACCUCCAGAGCCCCACCUGCUCCCCAAAAUAAGAGAAUUCCCACACCAGAGAGAAACAGAGCAAACAGAACAAACGGACAAGACCUUUAACACCAAUAAAGCAAGAAUGACAAAGAGCCAAGUAAAAACUCAAAAUAGAUGAAAGAGAAAAACAAUAGAUGAUAUAAUAAAAACUCAACAGAAGGAUUAAACAAAAGAAUUAGCAAAGCGGAAGAUGUUAAGAGAGGCCAGAAUGAGGAACUCCCUAUGUUUAAAAGGGGUUUUUAGGAGAGAACAGAAACAGUGGGGAAGAUAACAAAAACACAGCUGAAGAAAAAACACUAAGUCUUCAGAUUAAAGGAGUACACCAAGUCUCAAGCAGGAUAAAUAACUACAAACCUACACUAGGAUACACCCUGAUUUGCAAUGCAACAAAGAGAAAACAGAUUACUAACCUAGGGGCAGGACGGAAAUAAAGAUGCAGACCUACUAGAGAAUGGACUUGAGGACACGGGGAGGGGAAAGGGUAAGCUGUGACAAAGUGAGAGAGUGGCAUGGACAUACAUACACUACCAAACGUAAAAUCGAUAGCUAGUGGGAAGCAGCCGCAUAGCACAGGGAGAUCAUAGCACAGGGAGAUCACAGCACAGGGAGAUCAGCUCAGUGCUCUGUG